GUAAACUAUGUGUUAUUGUUAUUUUUAUUAUUUUAAAACAUAUUUUAAAUGAAAUGCAGAGACAAUUCUGAAAUUCACGCUAAGGUUUCAGUUACACAUUAUUUGUAUAUUAUGAAAUGAAAGUAUCAGAAACAGCUUACGAUUCUACAAGCACACUUAGGAAAAACGUCAAGGGCCAUAUGCCAGAUCCGAAAUACAAAAUAAAUAUUUUGAAGUUUUCAAAUUGUAACAGACACAAAAGUGAAAUCGAAAAGGAACUUCAGUCUCUCAAAUGAACGCGUUAAUUUUCUUUUGCCUCUCGGAUAUUUUUUUAAACAUCCCCAAAACCGCUUUGGCAUUCAACAACAGUGAGGACUCCUAUAGCGAAGAUCUGACGGAAGCUGAAGGUAAUGAUUUUAGUGGCGCUGAGACACCGGGUAUCUUUCCGGGCCUAAUACCAGAGGUUGUACGUUAUGCAAAGCAUCGAUGCAGCCACGAUCUGCCAAGAGCGAAUGUCAAUUGGGGAGUGCAAAUUUUCAGUAACGAAGCAGAGGCACACGACACGCACUGCUAUGUAAAAUGUUUUCUGCGUCGCGUGGGACUCAUACGGUUAAAGAAGUUGGGUUGGGAUUCUAACCGUUUGGGAGCGAUGUUUUGGAAUUUACGAGGGCAUCAAAACUUUCCCCCAAAUUGUUUUAAUGCAUUGUACACAUCGGAUGAAAUGAAUGGCAAAUGUGAGCCAUAUUACCAAGUGUGGAUAAAAAUCUUACGGGAUUGUCAAUUAGGUUUCAAUUCCUUUUUUUACUAUGACGUACGACUGGAGGAUUUGUCAUUUGAAAUACCCCUACCUCUAUAUCGGGAACCUGGCGUUGAACCAUAUCAAUUUUGUUCCGUUGCAUUAAAAGAAGAUACUGUGGAUAUGAAAUCACCAGUUUUCACGCUUUGUAUUUAUUUACAGUUACACUACAUUGACAGUUAUGGACGAAUUGAUUCGUCGGAAAUUAUACACAGCUUUGCAGGAUCGGGUCGUUUGACGGCACACAACGAACGGGUUAUAAGAAAAUGCGCACAGCAUGCUAAUGCCUAUUUCAUGCAUGGUGAAAAUAGCAAGGAGAUGGCUCAACAGAUGACGACUUGUCUAACCAAAAAUGUACCAGACGAUUACUCAUUUGUUCUCCAAUAUUGGAAUCAAGUAAUGCGCGAUUAUUGAAUAAAAUUGUAAAAUAACGUUGUUAGAACAAAUAGUCGUCGAAAUAAAAUAUCACAUCUUCUAUAUGGUACUUGUUA